AUGAAUGCCAUGGCCUUCACAGAUGACUCCCAGACCUCCAAUGGCCUCCAGAGUGUCCUUGUCAAAAACCUGGCUUUUGGUCCUUGGACCAAGGAACUGGAUUUUGCUAUACUUGUGUUCCUACCACAAGUGAUCCCAGCCUAUAGUGGUGGGAAAAAAUGCUGGCACAAUGGGACACUGCGGGAAACCUGCAAAGUUGACAAAGUGAUAAAAACAGUCUGCUACGGGGGCGCCUGGAAUUUUCAAUCAGAUAUCACUGAUAUAAUUGUAGCAGGUUCCACUACACCCUGCUUUGAAAUAAGCACCAAGAAUAAAGAAGGUGAAAAGUCUGACUUGGAACUAAAAGUUCAGCUCUUUUUCUGA